CCUGUUGAACGUCCUAACUCACUAGCCAAUCACGCCCCCGAUUUGGCCAUAGCUGCAUUUUUUAUGUUUAUUUCGACAGAUACAGUAACGAUCAUCAGCCGACCUCACGAUUCCAUCGAGUUUCAUGCGGGCUUGAUGGCAAGUCCCAUCUCGCCCGAGCAUCAUCAACCUCUCCAACGAGGCGCAAGCUGGUCAAGUGACAAUUCGACCUCUUCGUCGCAUAGUCAUGAGAGCUUUGCAUCCCCUUACUCAACCCAGGAUGACUCAAGGCCAUAG